AUGGAUAAUGUGAAGAUCAGCAGCAUUCUAUGUGACGAGCGCUUCGACAACGCGGUGGUGCGGGUGAACAAGCAUGGCUUCCACCCACAUGUGUACUACAUCCAGAAGGGGCAGAGUGUGCUGUGGACGUGGAAAGGGGAGGAGGAGGAGGAGCACAAUAUAAUACAUGUCAAGUCACCUGACAGCGAUGAGCCCCUGAAUGUAAUUCACGGAGCAAAAUCAUUCAACAGUGGUAAACCAGUGGGCAACAACAGUUUCCUGUACACAUUUGAUGAAGACGGCUCAUACACUGUCGCCUCCCAGGGCGCACCUGGCUUCUCCUGUACCAUCGUUGUCAUGGAUGUCGGCAUGCGUGUCAAAACCCCUGACAUUGAGGGCUCAGCUAUGGGUGGCACAGUGGAACAAGGGGCUGUGAUGAGGCUGGGAUGUGACACACCUGGAGCCCGCGUAUACUACACCAUAGAUGGGUCACCUGCAGAGCUACAUAUAGAGUCUGUCAAGUUGUACGAGGCUGAGAGGGGUGUGGUCUUGUCCAAGCCUGGAUUGAGGUUCAUUCGAGCCAUCGCUGUGAAAGAGGGACGUCUUAACAGUCAUAUCUUCACUUCAAAUCGUUUCUGGGUGAUGGGUGAAGAAGAUGAGGAAACUGAGAGCACAGCCUCAUCUGAACAACCCAUGCAGAAACCAAAAUCCUCAUCUGCCCAGUGGGAGUGGUGGAACUGUAUCCCAGCCAUCAAGGCCUGCUUCACACAGCCGGGAACCAUGGAGGUGUUCUGGGAGAGACCCAGCCCGGCGCAGCGGGCCCUCAUCCGGGGCUACCAGAUCUAUCUGAAUGGCAUUAGGUACUGCGAGAUGUUCCCGCCGGAGAACACCGCCCUCUGUGUCAGUGGGAUGGCGGGAGGCCGAGUGUACGAGAUAGUGGUGGAGGUGUACGGGAAUAAGUCAGACUGCACAACACAGAAAUCCAACAAACUCAAGUUGAUGUGCCCGAUGUUGACCCCUGAUGGUGGCCCAGUUAUCUCCCUUGAGCGCACAGAGAAGCCAGACGCUCUGGCAGUGGUGUGGAUGUCUAUCUCCAACCCACCGUACCCCAUCUCUGGAUACCUCGUGUUCCUCAACGACAAGCAGUGUGGAGCUAGGCUUGUCCCAGACCCAAAGAGCAACCGUUGCAAGGUGGUGAUUGGCAGCUGUGAGCUGGAGAAACCCUACAAGGUGUAUGUGGUGGCUGUACCUCAAGAAAGUGCAAAAAGGGACACAGAAGAGGUGUUGAUGUCCAACACACUGGAAGUCAGUCUGCCCCUCAACACCUCAGAGAUACAACUUCCUGUGAAAGAGGCACGAUUUGACGAGGCUGAGCUAUAUUUAGAAUACCUGGACAUCAGCCAGGGGUCUGGAUACCUGCCCGCCAUGGACACAUCCAGCAGGCUCAAUGAAUCUCGUAUCUCACACAUACUAAACGAGACCCAGCACUCUCAGUCUUCACUGCAUAUUCACGCCCCAAAACACCGCAAAUGCACUCCUUCGCCUGAUGAGUACUCCCACAGAUCACGUCAAUCACUGAAAACUCCGCCUGUUGUGUGGGAGUCUUCUGCUAAGGGAAGGCAAACUCCACCCAGUCAGGGGCAAGGUAGAUCACUCCUGCUUGCCAAGGAGUCCCGCCCUCCCCCUGUCAUGUAUGAUGCAUCUGGUUUAGAUGAGCAAAGACAGAGGGCACCACCAGAGCAGUCACUGGAGCAGCAGAGAUACAAAGCGGAUUUAAAACGUGGCCAAGUGCAUUCUAGAAGAAUAAACUUCAUUGGAUACGCAAAGGACCAGAGUAUUAUGACGGAUGACAACGAGAAAUCCACCCAGACGUUUACACAAUCACAGAAAAAGCGCUUCGAACCGGCUUUGAACCACGACUUCAUUCCGCCAAGCCUCCAGGAAAAAGGCAUAUCGCCACGACGACGUAGGGGCUCAAUAGAAGACGAAACUGAAUCCGAGACUGAGACAGAGUCCGAGACAGCAACCGAGUCUGAGACUGAAACUGAUGACCGCCACAGCAGCAUGGUCGUCAUGGAUGCUCAGAAACCACUGGCUCCUCAUUUGACAAAAAAGGCAAAAGAAAAGACUCCAAGGACCCCAAAGAGCAGUCAAAGAGAAUUUGAGACUCCGAGAGGUAAAGGUAUGCGUGUUAUACAUGAAGGUCGUGGUGAUGUGGAGGUGGAAGGUGACAGCGAGUCAAGCGAGACUGAGACAGACUCGAGUCCUUCCCCACGAGAGACUCUUGAUAGACCCAGGAGGAAACGUCCAACCAUGGCGAUCAUUGAGGUACAGGAUGCAGUAGAGUUGGAUGCCCGAAAAAAUGAGGAAUCAAUGGAGGAGGAGCGACAGGUGGCUGUGCCUGCCAUGACCAGAGAGAGUCUGAGGCGAAUUGGCGAGGGAGAGUUCAUCACAAGCGAGGGUGAGAGUGACCUCCCAGCUCCCUCCAUCAUGGUUGAGAGCCACGGGAAGACUGGCCUGCGCGUGCAGUGGUCGCUACCCCGGAGACCCGACCCUGUGUAUGAUCUGUUGCUGUAUGUGGUCAACGUGGUCGGCACGAGAUUCCAGAGUAGCAUCAACAGCCACAUCAGUUUUGAGUGUAACCUGGUAGAGAAGGACAAGCAGGUGCGCGGUGUUCAGCAUUGCUGGAACAUGCAGAAAGGCAGUAACAAGCUUACUGUCAACGGCCUUGUACCUGGCCUCACCUACAGACUGUUUGUGAUUGCCAACUACACUCUGACCAAAGAUCAGAGCAAGGAUCAGCCGCUGUGUGAGAUACAGACCAUGUCCUCGGUCAUCUACUACACAACUGUGGGGCCUCUGCAAGCCCCCAAGAUACGUGUGGUCAGCGUAGACAUGCAUCAGGCCCUUCUAGAAUGGGAGCCUCCAACAAAAAUGCAUGAAAAUCUGACCUUAAAGGGUUACCAGAUCUACGUGGACAACAAACCCCUCGGGAAUCUCCGUAACAAGGACACGCGUCAGAUGCUGAUCAACAACAUGGUGCCCGGGAAGACACUCAGUGUGUACGUGGUGGCCGUGACCCGUCAGGCAACCCUAGAGAGCAACCCCUCACGUGUGGUACACAUCACCUGUCCCCGACAACCGCCCAAUAUCGUGGUGGCUCAGCAGCCCUCAUAUCGGCAGGGAACAGUGCUGAUUUCUUGGGAACGCCCGAAAGGUCAUACAUUUGCAACGAAUGAAGAGGAUAUCUCAUUAUAUGGUGUGUAUGUUGAUGGUAAAUGGUAUGGAGAGGUGAAGUCCAACAGUCUGGGCAACAAACAAGGCUACCAAUUCAUUCUGAAUGACCUUAACCCUGAGCAGAGUUAUGACAUCAGUGUUAAGGCGAUUGCGGGCUACAAGCGGGUUGAUCCAGACGCCCAGCAUGUGUUCUGUCUGAGUGAGGGACCGAUGUCAAACGUGAUCAAUGUGAUGGCCCCUGCAGCCCCUAAAUCUCCCACUCUGCGCUUGGAGAGGCUGACCCCUGAGGGGAUUGACGUGACCUGGCAGGUUCCCCAACAACAUGGCGAUGCCACCAUAUCUGGUUACCAGAUGUUGAAGAAUGGUCGUCUGUAUGGAUCCAUCAUCCCGCCAGAGGUGAACUCUCUCAGUAUCCGAGACAUCUCCCUCGGCGACAAGGUCACCCUGCAGCUGAUUGCCCUCACUGAACAUCCUGUGGGCAAGAUUGACCGCCGGACUGAACAGCUUCAGAAGGAGGCUGACCAGGAGCCCUCGGCACGAGGCAUAAAUAAAGACACACAAAAACUGUUCAUGUACACGGGUGAUGUAAAAUCAAGAGAUAUAUCUGAAAUCAAACCACACACAAGUGAAGCCUUUGCUCAAACUGGCGAUGCUGAAGAUUCUGACAAGAUAGACGUGUUUGUGGGUGAGAGGUAUGCGGGAUGUCGCCCAGGCGCCAAGCUGGUGGUUCAUUACACGGGGCUUGUGUGUCCCCCCUCCCAGGUCUGGUGUGAACGCGUUACCGGACACUCGGCCUUGAUUGUCUGGAACAAAGAUGAUGGUCCCAAGAGCCAUUUUAUCCGCCCUGAGAGUUACCAUGUGACCUGGUGGCCAGGAGACAAGCCUGAAGAGGACAUCAACAGUGAUAGCACCACUGAGGACCACCUACUGAUCACCAACCUGCGGCCUGCCACCACCUACAAUGUGGUUGUAGAGGCCAGAAAGAUGGAGAAAUACAAAGAUAUUGAUGAAGGUGAGAAGACAGUAGGCAGGGAGACGGUGUGUGCGUUUAUUCUGACGGCCAAGUCAGACAACCUGAUAGUGAGGACAGCCCGUCCACCGACUGCCCCAUCCAACAUUGGGGUCAUCUCUACCACCUGCUCGGCCAUCAAGAUAGCCUGGGACCCUCCCAGUGAACAGGGGGUGGAUGUGAUUGGUAUUCGUGUGGACGCUGUCUCACUCAACACCAAUGACCCGCACCAUUUGACAGUGGAUGUGAUACCUGACGCCACCACGGCAGUCAUCGAAGGCUUGCGGGAGAAGACAGACUACAUGAUCCGCAUCACUGCAAUCACCGACGAGUACUUUGACAGACUUCCUGACAAACAUCGCCUUAAACAGAUCCGAACCAUUCCAAAAGAUACCAUUUUACCUGCUGAUGAUUCACCCUGGUUGCCAAACUCCAGUAUUUUAGUGAAGACGUCUGGGACUGAACCCCCGGCAGCACUGAAGGUCAUCAAGUCGUCCAUGUCGUCUUUGAAACUGAUGUGGACACCACCCAUUGUGUACGGGUCAAACAAACUGCAGGGGGUUAUUGUACGCUGGGCAGACGUGAAGUACAACAAGCGGACAGACAUGGAUGACUGUGUUGUCGCUAGUCAUGUGAACCUGCUUCCAACAGAUGACACCCUCACCAUUGAUGAUCUAACACCAGGCAACCAGUAUAAGAUCAUUGUUGAGGCGGUCGUAAGUGUGAAAACUUCACUGGAAAAGGACGAUAAGGAUUCGAAUGUGGAGAAAAAUCGUAGAACUGCGCACAUCAUGUCUCGUCCGCUGUAUGCCCGCACGCGUGCACCCACUGAGCCACCAGUCUUGUUGCUGACUGGUUACACACAAACCACUGCCCAGCUAUACUGGGAAAAACCGUUACUGAUGUCUGUGGUUGGAAAAGAUUCAGAGGGGAAACCAAAAUAUCUACGCAGGUACCUUGAGGGAUACAAGCUUGAGAUAAACGGCAAGACGUACUGCCAUCUGGGACCUGCCUCCCAGAGUUGUCAGCUGACCAAGUGUCGCCCUGGGAAACCCUACCAUGUCAUCCUCGUGGCCUUGACCUGCACAGAACAGGGCAAGAAGGAACGCAAACGCAAGUACAAGGGAGCAUAUAAGAACACCAACCCCCUGGAUACAGACUACAGUCUGCUGCUAGAUGACGAAGAUAAUCUUGAUGCCUCGCCUUCGGACACCCUUGAAAUCACUCUACCUAACAACAUGGACGGUUACCUGCAUUCUUUGGAUGCAUUUUUCUCACACAACGAGGACCGUGACAACAAGACGUUCGGCGAUGUUACGGCUCAGUGGACUACCCAGGGAGGAGAGAAGUCUCUACUUAAGCAGUACAACAUCAUCUGGUACUCGCAUGACGACCGUGUGGUCCAGACGAAAUACGUCAGCCCGGACUACAGCAAGUCUACCAUUCCUGUGACAAGACUGAAGUCUAUCUACGACAUUGUGGUGGAGCCAGCCUACUUCACAGACACCCUGCCCCAGCAGCCCCAGAACAUCCAGGUGAUGAUCCCUGGUCCCCCGGAUCCCCCGGAGAUCUUCCUGCGCUCCUCCACCCCGGACGAGUUUGUCAUUGAGUGGGGAGAGCCUCGGCUGUACGGGGGUGUGAGGGUGAGGGGGUACCAGGUGUACCUCAAUGACAAGAAGGCAGGCAAUGAGCUCAGCAACACACAUAGAAAGGCUGUAAUUCCCUGCAGACCUAACAGACACUACCGGGUGAACCUGGUGGCACUGAGUGCUAACCCAGAGUACUCGGACUCGGGGAAGUCCAACACGCUGUCCAUCAAUACGUCACUACACUCGCCCCGGGAGGGGGAGGCCCUUGAAGACAUGACCCUCACAGACGACCUUGAUAUCCCAGUCAAGGUCACAAAGCUCACAGAAACCUCGAUUCACCUGGACUGGGGUCACUUCCUGGAGACAGAAGGGGUUGGCUGUUAUAAGAUACAGUGGAGCAGUAUUGCACAACCUGCGGAACGUGAGGUUCGUCUGUCAAACAAGGACUCCAACUGCGUGAUCAACAAGUGUCUGCCUGGCACGACCCACUUCCUGCGUCUGCUGGCGCUAGACGGGGAGGGACAGGUCAAGGACAGGUCCAAGCAGCUCACCGUGCAGACGUCUGCACCACCUGACCCACCCAGCCUGGCUCUCAGGGCGUGCAACUUCCGCUACAUAGCAGUCCAAUGGGACAAGCCGAAUACUUACGGUGAUGCACUGAUCACAGGUUACAAAGUGUACGUGAACGGCAUAGUGGAGUCUCUCCUCAAUGCGGACCAGCUUAGUUACACAUUCACCCAUGGCAAGUGGUGUCAGGAGUACUCAUUCCAAGUCCAGGCAUUGACUGCAUCUGACAAGAUGAACAGCAAGCCGUCAGAGCCGCUGGUUGUGGAGUGGCCUGGCGCCAGGGCCCCGGCGCUGCACCGCCUGCCCACACACACCAGUGCCAACCUACGUGUAGGCUGGGAGGACCCGUACCUUACUGAGGGAGUCAAGAUCAAACACUUCAGGGUGUGUUGUACGGAGGAGGACACCGAGAAGCUGGUGACGAGUAUCGGCCCGGUACACCCAGACACACGUGAGGCUGAAUUUAAACACAUCAAGAAGGGCAGCUACAACAUCUACCUAGAAGUGCAUCUGUACAACACCAGUGAGGUCAUCUGCUCUGACUACAUCCGUCUGCAGCCGACCCCUGCACCUGAUGCACCCAGAAUUGCCGCGACUGUUGUUGGAUUUGACGAGCGUAGACAGAUUGAGAAAAUAACUUGUGACCUCGUGAACAAACGUGACAGAUUGAUCCGUGAGGUGGGUCACAAGUUGAAGCAGAUUGGUGCGCUGACUCACCCAAUGCGUGCCGAGAAGGACCGUGCCGUCAUUGAGGCGGCGCACACACUGACCCGUGUCGAGGAAGUGUUGGAGGACUGCUUCACGGCCAUGGACAACUACACAGGUCAGCUCAUAGCGCAUGUGAGCUGGCAGUGUCCGCAGUCGAACCCUGAUAUAGAGCUUUCUGGAUACAACGUGCUCAUUGAUGGCAAACAGUAUGGGAACCCCAUGCACGAAGGAGUGAAAACUGUUAGAAUCAAGCUGGGUACAGAGCAGCCCAUCUACAAGCUGACUAUGGUAGCACUGACUGAUAAGCCCUCGGCUGCCAGUGAGGAAUCCAACUGCAUCGACCUUCUCUCCGAGGCCUUCAGACCUUUCUCCUUCUACUGCUAUCACAGCAUACACAGCAUUGGCAAACUUUACCCAGACCAGGGCUGCUGUAAGUACCAGGACUCCAUCGCGUACGAGAGACAGUUGGCCAAGAAGCUGGCCAAUCAGGGGCUGCUCAAGAAGCAUGUGCCCCCGCCCUCAUGUAGCCUCUUGGACGUGUUUGAGGGCGAGUACAAGCCCCUCCUGCAGGGAACAAGUCGCCUUUUCCCUACGGCUAUAUUCUUCUGGACUCCAUGGUGUCUGCCGUCCCAGAAAAUCAUGAGUUACUACGCAAAAUUUGCCAGAGAAACAAAUAAGGAGUUCAACUUCAUUGCGGUUGCAUGUAACCUCUCUGGCACGGUGGUGAAUAACCGCAAGGACCUGAUCCACAUGAUCACGGCUAAUGGGUGGAGGGAGGACGGGUCUAUAUGGCACGCUACCAGCCAGUGCGCGUCCUCCAUCUAUGAGGCCUCCAAUCAUAUCUGGAAGAACACCACUGGGGGUAUCCAGCGAGAUGCCAACGUUGAGACGGAGAGUAAUGUAGACCUGACCGACCUGCUCGGCAUUGCGGGAGUGCCUACCUUCCUCUUCAUUCACCAGGAAGGGUACAUUGCCUGGCACGGUCGCUAUGCUGCCUAUGACUACAGCUCAUUUGCUGCUUUCAUGAGACACACAUUUAGUGAGGUCACCGCUGUGCCGUGUCCAGUCUUCAAGUGCGACUCGUGCAAAAAUGACACGGAGAUCGAUGAUAAUGCUAUCGAAACAGUGCUGGGUUUCAUCACCACCCAGACACCCUUCAAGCACAUUCAGAUCAAACCGAGGCCCCAGUCUGCGAGAUCAGACGAGGAACCUUCCAUCUUCCUGAAGCGUAAACCCAAGCACCGCAGACACAAAGGGAAGAUAACUGUGAACCAGCGCCCUUACUCGGCCCACUCCACAACCUAUGCGUACUUGCUGAAGAGCCCGUACAUGGAGAGGCAGACACCAUCACCCAAGACCCACAAAGUGCUCAUGAGACCAGCCAGCAGCAAGAAUGUCCAGGUCGCCUACGAGACCUUGUGAUGGAUCAACAACCAGAUAUAAACUAUACAGAUAAAAGUCAUGUUCAGUUUACAAGGACAAUAAAUCAUAGGCAAUAAUGUUUAUUUCAAGAUCCCCCAAAAAUGUAACAAUAAAUAAUGACCAUCUUGAGGACAAAAUAUUAAACAAAUAUUGUGAAGAUGUUGUGGUCUGCUUUAUUGUAUAAUAUGAAUUAAUCCUAAAAUUGUUAAUGGGCAAAUAGAAAACAUUUUGGUGAUAUAGACCUGACCAUCUUCAGUCCUGUGAUUUUUAUUUUGGUUUACAUAUUGAGAUAAAAGAAUCUUUUAAUAUUACCAGUGUUAUGUUCAUAUAAACGUUUUACUGUGAUAAUUGUAUAUAAUUUGAAUAGUUGUCUCAUUUAACUGUUUUACUUUAUUACAUAUCUUGCAUGUUCUGAAAUCAACAUUGCCACUGAUAGGACCAGUAAAUGUGGUUCUAUACAACCACUGAGAUCAAAACAAAAGACAUUUGUAUUAUUUGUUUUUGAUGUUUUUAGUAAUAUGUCUGUUAUACAUGUAUUUUACAAUUAAAUGAUUUGUGUGGUAUGUAUUAUACUUGAGAGGAAAUUGAAGUAGUGAUCGGGUACGAGGGAUUUAUUUUCUGGUUUAAUUUGCUGUUAUGUAAGUCAUUUAUUACAUUUUGAGCUGCCUUUAAAAAGCAUACAACUAAUGUAAUCUGUCGGACACACAGUUUCUUUUGGUUUUGACAAUAGUAAUUAAAUUAUCAAAUAUUUAUUUACAUUUAUGUAAUCGUCUUUGUCUAUUUGUAAUGACAUUUUUGUACUAAACUGUGAUACAUUGUGUUAGUCGUUUUCUGCAUUGCAUUUAUAUUUUGUUACUAUAUUUUUUUAAUGUUAGAAUACUUGGUGAUAUAAAUCAAAACCAUUAUUUUUUGUUUUACCAGACUUGCCUGCAACGAUGGUGUGUUGUAUUAUACAUGUAUUAUUUUAUUGAUGUUUUUAAUCAUACUGUAACUAUCAUGAAGGUGUAUUGUUAUUCCACUUGUCAAGAAUUCAGCUGUAAACAUCAGCAUCCGGUUGAUCUGUUACGCUGCUAUAGCGUUUCAUUUGUUACACUGCUAUAGCGUUUCAUUUGUUACACUGCUAUAGCGUUUCAUUUGUUAUGCUGCUAUAGCGUUUGAUUUGUUACGCUGUUAUAGCGUUUAAUUUGUUACGCUGCUAUAGGGUUUGAUUUGUUAUGCUAAUUUAGAGUUGGGUUUAUCUAUUACGCUGAUGCUAAAAUGUCAAGCUCAACUUUGGCUUUGAAUAUUCAUUGCCAAGAAGUUUUAUUUUAAAGACCGAAAGAUUUUCAUCUUACUUUUUUGUUUUCAAUUUAUGUUGACUUGUUUAUCAUGUUUGGCUUGGGUAGAAUAUUCAGUCCACCUAACCUUUAUAUUUUUUCUAUCGAGUAGUUGGGUUGAUGUGUCCUAGAUUUUAUUAGAAGUGACAUUUGUGUAACAAUUACCAAUUUUAUUAACUAGAAAACUUUUUAGAUUCAUUCACACAUAAACUCAAAUACAAAACUUAUUUUAUUUUGUGCAUUUGGAAUUAAAAUAAAAAAGUUUGACAGUUGUUUUCCAUCAGAUUUGUUUUGUUCUUCAUCAAAAGGACAGAGUAUUUGAUUGUCCCAUCACAUUCAUUAUUUUUAACACUAUAAUUUUGUGAAUUGAAUGUUCCAAGGUGUCAUCAGCCCAUAUUUAAAGAAGGCUCAUAAGUUAUAUGGCUUCAUGGUACCGAAAAGAUUUUUUUAUAUUUGUGGGAUUACAAGUUUCAAGCGCUGUUUCUUGCUAGAAGACAGUACAAGAUUAGCUAGAAAAGGUGUUUUGUUUACAUGGCUUGUCAUUUAGUUGUUUCCCUUGUUUACAUGGCUUGUCAUUUAGUUGUUUCCCUUUAUUACAUGUCUUGUCAAUUAGUUUUUUUACAAGUACAUGGUUUGUCACUUAGUUUUUCAUGUGAUGUUUUUCAUGUCUAGGAGUUAAUAAUUCUACUAAAUUGUAAUAAAAAUAGAAGUAUAGACAAAA